CGGAGCGCGCGGAGCGCAGCGGGGACUGGACGUUUUCAGCCGGACACAUGCAGGCUGGGACUUUGCUCGGGUUAUUAAAGGACUGAAAAUGCUGCCUUUAUGAUUUGAUGAGGCGCUGAGGAAAGGAUAAACAGAACAUGUGGAGCGUGACGAUGCGCGCCGCGACGCGCGGCUUUUCCGCCACUUGUUGUGGCACCGCCGCGCUGCCCGCCGAGGAGCUGCUCCCGCUCUGAGUAACUUUGAGAGGCAGACAGCGGUGCGAAGUUGCCUGAUAUGGCACGUUUCCUGCGUUGGGUCCUCGCGCUCAGGAUUGCGACCCAUGGGAUGUAGUAAAUGGAGAGUUGCGUUCAACUUCGGACACCUGAAGGUGCAGUCCAAGCUGUCCGUCUUCUUUACCAUGAUCAUCCUCUUCACGUACCUCUUCUACUGCCUCAACGGAUUCUGCGACUCCCUGCCCAGACCCGUGUUCGACCAGCGGAGCCUCCUUCACGGCGGGAUCAUCCUGACCGAUGGACGCGACGCGGAGAACCUCGGAGGCGCGCUCAACGCGUCCCCGGCCUCGGUGGUGCGCCAACAUCUGCCGGACCUGCCGACCGGCGACGCUCCCUUCAACAUCUCCGUAGCCAACACCUUCGGCAGUAAAAAGUUCCCCCAGGCCAUCAUCAUCGGGGUGAAGAAAGGCGGCACCCGGGCCCUGCUGGAGUUCCUGCGGAUCCACCCGGACGUGAGAGCUGUGGGCGCGGAGCCGCACUUCUUCGACCGCUUCUACGAGAAGGGACUGGAGUGGUACAGGAACCUGAUGCCUCGCACGCUGGAGGGCCAGAUUACCAUGGAGAAGACGCCGAGCUACUUCAUCACAAAGGAAGCGCCGCGCCGCGUCUUCUCCAUGAGCCGCCACACCAAGCUGAUCGUGGUGGUGCGGGACCCCGUGACGCGGGCCGUCUCCGACUACACGCAGACCCUGUCCAAGUCGCCGGGGCUGCCGUCCUUCCGGAGCCUGGCGUUCCGCAACGCCACCACGGGCCUCAUCGACACGUCCUGGAGCGCGGUGCGCAUCGGCAUCUACGCCAAGCACCUGGAGAACUGGCUGCGCUUCUUCCCGCCCUCGCGCUUCCUGUUCGUCAGCGGGGAGCGCCUGGUGUCCGACCCGGCGGGGGAGAUGGGCCGGGUCCAGGACUUCCUCGGGCUCAAGCGCGUGGUCACGGACAAGCACUUCUACUUCAACCAGACCAAAGGGUUCCCCUGCCUGAAGAAGCCCGAGGGCAGCAGCAGGCCGCGCUGCCUGGGGAAGUCCAAGGGCCGGCCCCAUCCCCAGAUCCCCGCCGAGGUGCUGCUCAGGCUCAGAGACUUCUACAGACCCUUCAACCUCAAGUUCUACCAAAUGACCGGCCACAACUUCGGAUGGGACUGAAUCACUGCUCACCAAAGCUCUUAGAAACUGUCAGUGAGUCUCUUUUUGACCAAGAACCAAACCCAAACAGGGAUAUUCUGUGUUUUAUUGUGUCACCAAAGCUUCUCGAGUGCAAAAAACCCCCUUUCUUUGAUUUCCUAAGCUGUCAUGACGAACGCCAACACACACACACACCCACCUUCCCCAAAGUCAGCGGGGGCCGCAAUUUUGUGAGAGCUUUAAAUUUUGAGCCACUUUUGCUGCAAGGAAAACUAAACCAAAGCUUGCGAGAGCCGCUGGUUACCUGCCGCUGCAUUGAGACAAGCACAAGCCAAACCCAGGGGUUUACUGCUUAUUUGCUUAAAAGCUGGAACUUGGAUGUAUGUUCGGACCUCUUUGCUGUCCGAGACACUUAACAGCACACCGUUCACAUCGAGAAAAGCCCCAGAAACAGGCCGGCGCCGCACAGCGGUGUCACCCACGGCCAAAUCGAAAGGAAAGGAGGGAAACGAGCCUUGACAGGCAGACAAAUCUACAAUAAAACCAAAUGACAAAUAAGCUCUGGGUAAAUGAAAUGAGAUGUUUAUGCUGGAUGAGUUUUACUGCUUUCUUUGUAGACUGAUUUCAUUAACAGUUAGAGAAAAAGCAAUGAUGGGAUUCCUGAAACUGAUGCAAAAAAAGGAAAGAUCAGAGAUGCAAAACUUAGUCAAUGACAAGCUGUAAAUGUGCUGUUAUUUAUGUCUUCAUUGCAAUGCUUCCAUAUUUACGGGUCUUCAAAGGACUAUACUCCUGUCACUCUGUGAUUGUUUCACUUCAGUCUCCACAAAUACCACUUACAUGCAACUGUACAGCUCUGAAAGUCUAAUUUAUAAGAUGACAAACUGGUGUCGAGAUGUUUUUUUUUCCCGAGACUUUUGUAUUUGAAAUUCUACUGGGAAUUCUGACUAAAUCUUUUAUU